GGAGAGGGGGAAUGAGGAGGCGGGGCAGGCGGGCGGUGGUUGCCCGGAGAUCACAGCCACAGUGGGGCUGGGGGCCGGAGGCCGGAGGAUUUCUGGGUCACUGUUCCCGAACCACACUGCAGGGGGCUGGACUGGGUUCGGGAGCCGCAUCGCCUCCCUGGCACCUUCCCGGUUGCCUUCUGAAGAACUUGACCCCUUCUGGCGCUCCUCCGCGCCACACCGGGACCCUAGCGCCAGAUACCGCCCCACCGGCUGCCCGAAGGGUCCAGGCCCCAUUGUCCCGGUCCCCACCGUGACCACUGGCCCCUUGAGCGCCAGUUCUCCAUACUCCCCUUCCCAGGCAGGGCCACCAACGCCUCCAGCAGCCGCUCUUCUCUUGUCUGGUCCGUGGAGGUGGUUGGUUACCAUGGUGAAGCUCGCAGCCAAAUGCAUCCUGGCAGGAGACCCCACCGUGGGCAAGACCGCCCUGGCACAGCUCUUCCGCAGCGACGGGGCCCAUUUCCAGAAGAACUACACCCUGACAACAGGGGUGGAUCUGGUGGUGAAGACAGUGCCAGUCCCUGACACGGGGGACAGUGUGGAACUCUUCAUUUUUGACUCGGCCGGCAAAGAGCUGUUUUCUGAAAUGCUGGAUAAAUUGUGGGAGAGUCCCAAUGUCUUGUGUCUUGUCUACGACGUGACCAACGAGCAGUCCUUCACCAACUGCAGCAAGUGGCUGGAGAAGGCUCGGUCUCAGAUUCCAGGGACCACCCUCCCAGGUGUGCUGGUGGGGAACAAGACAGACCUGGCUGGCAGGCGAGUAGUGGAUGUGGCCCAGGCCCAGGCGUGGGCACUGGGCCAAGGCCUGGAAUGUUUUGAAACAUCCGUGAAGGAGAUGGAAAACUAUGAAGCCCCCUUCCACUACCUGGCCAAACAGUUUCACCACCUGUACCGGGAGAAGCUGGAGGUUUUCCAGGCGCUGGUGUGAGAGGCUGGCCAGACCGUUCCCUGCGAUGGAACCCGGCCCUGGGCUCUGUCUCCUCGGAAGAUGGGAGAAGAUGGAGCUGCCUGGCACUUCCAGUCUAUUGUGACAGCUUUAAAUAAAAGGAGAAAAUGGAGAAGCA